AUGGUGCGUUUCUUUCAAAAUCCGUACGAGGAUUUCAAACCAGGUGCUGUUUUUGCGAUAGGCAAAGAUGAGGUUAUUGCUCGACUAAAUGAGCACGUACAAAUCAUUACUAAGCGCUUGCAACCGAGCCGCAAAAAUGUUGAUGGCGGUUUAUAUGUCGGUAUAACCGGCAUCUCUUACAUGUUUCAUAAUCUAUCCAAGAACCCAUUGUUAUCAGAAUAUAAAAGAGAAUAUCUGGAGAAAGCCUCGCACUACCUGAAGCCUGCUUUGGAGACUACAGCUGGUGAUAAAACAUCUUUUCUUCUUGGUGAUGCUGGUACAUAUGCUCUGGCUACUGUUUUAAUGAAAGAAAUGGGAGAUGAACAGUUUAAAGAGAAGCUGAAAAUGUAUAAAUCGCUUUACCCUCAAUUUUUAAAUCCAAAGUUUCUUAAAUGUGGUGGUGAUGAAUUCUUCGUUGGUAGAGCAGGGUACCUAGCUGGAGCUCUGUGGAUGUCUCGAGAGCUUCAAAUAUCCGUAUUCAGCAGUGAAGAGCUCUAUAAAAUUUGCGAUGUGAUGGUAGCAAGUGGGGAAGAAUAUUCUUCUAAGCAUAACAGCCCUUGUCCUUUAAUGUAUCAUUAUUACAAUACAGAAUAUUUAGGUGCGGCCCAUGGGAUAAGUUUUAUUCUGCAAAUGCUCUUAUCUGUCCCUGGGUACAUGCAGUACAAAAAAACUGCUGCCACAGCUAUCAAGAGCACUAUUGACUAUAUACUUUCUCUUCAGACGGAAGAAGGAAAUUGGCCAUGUUGUAUGGAAGAAGUGGGCUUGAGUGACCACAAACUAGUUCACUGGUGCCAUGGAGCACCUGGUACGGUGUACCUAAUGGCAAAAGCCUAUUUAGUAUUUAAUGAUCAAAAAUAUUAUGAUGCAUGCAUAAAAGCUGCAGAAGUGGUGUGGCAGAAAGGUCUGUUACGAAAAGGUCCUGGGAUAUGUCAUGGAGUUGCUGGCAACGGCUAUGUAUUUCUUCUACUGUAUAGACUAACUGGAGAGGAAAAAUAUCUCUACAGAGCUAAGUUGUUUGCAGAUUUCAUGUACUCGGAGGAGUUUCUCCGAGAUGCCAGAUUACCUGACAAUCCCGAGAGUCUAUAUGAGGGAGUUGCUGGAACAGUCUGCUAUUUGUCUGAUCUGCUUGUGCCAGAUAAAGCAGAAUUCCCUUUUCAGGAUGUUUUUUCUAACUAG